AUGCUGUACCGCGCUACCGCCGCCCGCUCCGUGCUCCGGGCUGUCUCGGGCUCCAAUGCCUCUGUGGCUCGCUCUGUCUUGGGCAACCCUAUCUUCAAGGCCCAGCUGACCUCGUCUGCCCGUGCCGUUCGUCCGGCUGUCAAGCCCAACUUCGCCCUCGCUGCUCACAAGCCCGUCACCACCGCUCUCAUUCGCCAUGCGUCAUCCUCGGCCAAGGACGAUGAGGAAAUUGAUAUGAUGGCCGGUAUGAAGGCCGAGGCUAAAGUGAUUGGCGAGACCUUCAGCUUGAAGGGUGUCCCCAAGGAGGCUAUGGCGCUCGGUAUGGCGGGUGUCCUGCCUUACCUUGCGACCUCUCUCCAGACCGUCUAUCUCUCUUGGGAGAUUAACCGGGCCGCUACUCUCGGUGAGGGCUUGAUCUUCUCGGGCCAGAGCGCUGAGCUCAUGCUGCACAUGCUCGAGCCUAUCCAGGUUGGCUUCGGCGCCGUCAUUCUGUCUUUCCUCGGUGCGGUUCACUGGGGUCUUGAGUGGGCUGGCUACGGCGGCAAGUUCGGCUACCGCCGUUACGCCGCCGGUGUCAUCGCCCCGGCUGUCGCCUGGCCCACUCUGCUCCUCCCUGUGGAGUACGCCUUGAUCAGCCAGUUCUUGGCCUUCACUUUCCUCUACUACAACGACGCUCGCGCUGCUGCGACCGGCCGUGCCCCUCACUGGUACGGCAUGUACCGCUUCGUCCUGACCUUUGUGGUUGGCGCCAGCAUUGUCGCCACUCUCAUCGGCCGUGAGCAGAUCCAGCAAAACAUUGUCUCUGAGCACACCAUCAAGGACAAGAUCAACGCCUUGAUGUUCCUCCAGAAGAAGGAGAAGGAGGAGGCCGAGGCUCGCCGCAAGGGUGAGCUCGCCGCUGACGAGUAA